AAUAUCUUACUCAGUGUAAACACAGACGAGGUAAUUAUUUACGAGCUUCACUCGACCGUCUUGUUCCCUGUACAAAACAAACAUCGGUAAUGGAGCGCGCACAUCUGCUCUUCGUUCUCUUGCUCGUUGUUUCCGCCGAAUUGCAAGUAAAAUGUGUGCAAGCUAAAGAAGGUUGGUUUCUACAUGUUACCGAUUUCCACUGGGAUUAUACCUAUGGGUCUCAGGACUGGUCGUGUAACGACAAUGUCAGUAACCACGGUCUGUACGGGGACUAUUGGUGUGACUCUCCAUGGAACCUCAUCACAUCUGCGGUGGAAGCUAUGAGAAAUGCCACUGAGGGCAGAGAUGCUGACUUUAUCCUAUGGACAGGCGAUAAUGUCCUCCAUGUUGGUGAUGACAAAGUCAAUAUUGACAUACAUGACCAGAUACUCGGAAACCUAACCCAACUACUGCGCACGCACUUUCCGACGGUCCCAGUGUAUGCCACGUACGGUAACCAUGACUACUACCCUCAUGACCAGUUCCCUCCACAUAACAAUGAACUUUAUAAUCGAACCCUAGAGCAAUGGAAAAGUUGGAUCAACGAUGUACAGCAGGAAGACAAUUUUAGAAAAGGUGGUUACUACACAGUGAAGACCACCUCUGGAAUACGGAUCCUGGCCCUCAACACCAAUUUAUAUUACACGUCAGACAAGGUUACAGCGGGACUAACCGAUCCUGCAGAUCAGUUCAGUUGGAUGGAGAAUGUACUAGCCAGUUCUAAUGCAAGCAAUGAAAAGGUUAUAGUGACCGGACAUGUCCCUCCUGGAAUGGCACCGCCCCUGGGAACUAGGUGGAUGUAUGAGGAUUUCCAUCAAAAGUUGAAUUCCAUAUUGUAUAAAUACAGCAAUAUAAUCAUAGGAAUGCACUUUGGGCAUGAGCAUAAUGACAACUUCCGUGUGUUUUACGACGAGCAAGAUAAGCCCGUGCUUGGUUUAUUCAUGGCGCCAUCCGUCACCCCCUGGAGGUUCAAGAUCCCGUCCUUGGGUGUUACAGGAAAAGCCCACAACCCUGGGUUCCGCAUGAUCAGAUAUGACCAAUCCACAGGCAGGCAUUUAGAUCUCAUACAAUACUUCAUGGAUCUCCCCGAGAGCAACCGUAUGCAAGCUCCAGUCUGGAAAACCGGAUACACUGCUACCUCAGACAUGUCCAUUCCAGAUAUAACUCCAGCCUCAAUGGAUCUCUUCGUCAAACGCAUGGCCGAUCCCAACGGCGCAGAUUUUAAAAAGUUCUACAGUUGGCGCUUUUCCAGCGCGGAACACCCCUCUGUCGGUGUUUGCGAUCAGUCAUGCCAUGCUAUAAUUCAUUGCAACUUUAUCCACUCGUCCAAGAAAAAGUAUGACCAGUGCGUUAAUCUUCUGACAAGCAAUGCCACGUCCAUAUUUCUCAUGUGGUUUUAUAUGUUCCUAGUAGUAGUUGCUUGUUUCAUGAAUAUUUUAUAAUCCGGUAUGCAUACGAACUUAAGAGAUAGUGUGUGUUAGACUUUUUUUUAAAAUACAAAAUAAAUUUACAUGUAAAACCCUUGCGUGAUUGAACAGUAGAGAAACGAUAUAAAAUCGUUUAAGAAGGAAA